AUAAGUGUAUCAGUAUGGAAGACCCAGCUCCAGUGAAAUCGACAGAUCUCCUCCAAAAUGCCUAUAUAGACCAAGUGAAAAAUCAGAAAAUACCAAAGUAUGUUCCGAAAGGAAAGACCAAGAAGAAGGUAAACAAGAUCACCAAAAAAUCUCUAAAAAUGGGGCAAUCCCAAAGUGUAGCCAGCCUGACUGCUUCUUCAUUCCACAGCAAUAAUGGGAGGUCAGUGUUGCUCCCACCUCUACGGAAGUCGAUCAAUUUAGAGAACAAAAAGGUUAUUAUCACUAAACGCAAGAAGCCGAUACAAAGGUUCGAGGAGCCUUCUAGUAUUCGUGAAAUGAAAGAGUCGGUUCCUUCAAGCUAUCAGAAGGACUUCACCUCAUUCUUAAAAUCAAUCAAUGCAUCCCAGAGCAACCUAGGGAAGGCAAGUAGGUGGAAAAGGAGAAGUCUCAACGAGCAGGAUCUUGAGUGCCUUCCAAGCCCUAGUUCCUACAAUCUUGAGCAAUUUAAAUCAAUAGCAACGCAAGCAAAGGCAUCUAACGCAGAUCACUUAAGAAAAUAAAAGGAACUCUAAUAUGAGAUACGGUAGGUUUGGAGGUAAAACUUACUUCAAAGAACUAGAUGUCUCCAACUGCGAGCAAGGACCAGGUCCCGGAGUCUAUGAUUCCCAUAAUUACAAACAAAUAAAGCUGCCUAAAAUGAAGCACAAAAAGGGAUUUUCAUAUGUGGAUAGAAAACUGGAGUUCAAGAAAGAGAAAAAAGAAAGCCCGAGCCCUACAAAGUAUAAUGUCCAGUAUGAAUUUAAGGGAACUAACCAUGUGAAAGGACCUACCUUUGGAUCGGCUGAGAAGAAGUUCUCUAUGUUUUAGUUAACUGGGAUUUCUCCAAUUUUAGCAGGAAAUAACUAUCAGGUUGGUGCAGACCUGGGAGAAUCUUAAAUUAUGAAGUUCAUAAUCACUCAGGCAUAUACUUAUUAACGGGUUUUGAUCAUUCAAUCUG